AUGAAGGGAGACAAUUAUUACAGAAGAGAGUCUUCAAAGGAAGAGAAAGAAAAUAAGGGGAAAGUUAAGAAGGAGAAGGAAGAAGAUAGGUUAACUAAGUUACCUGAUGAAAUUAUUCUACACAUACUUUCUUUUGUUGAUGCAAAAACCGCAGUUCAAACAUCUGUUCUGAACAAACGGUAUAGGUAUCUCUGGGCUUCCCUGCCCGUUCUUAACUUUGUUGACUCAUUUCAUGGUCCUGAAUUUUUUGAGGCUUUUAUAAGACAUUUUUUGGCUUACAGAGAUACUUCCAUCAAUAUUUUCAAUGUUAAUUUAAAGUGUCUAUAUAGCUUUGAUGAUGAAUAUUUGGUUGACUACAUCGUCGUAGACUCCAUCAUUGAGCAUAUUAUUGAUACACCAUCCGUCACCACUACCAUUCAGGUAUUUGAGAAGGCCGAGAAUAUGAAGAGAUCAAAAAAUCUACAAAUGAACGUAGACAAUAUCUACGAAAGAGACUCUUCAAAGAAACAGGAGAAAAAUAAGGAGAAGGAAGAAGACAUGUUAACUGAGUUACCUGAGGAAAUUAUUCUACACAUUCUUUCUUUUGUGGAUGCAAAAACCGCAGUUCAAACAUCUGUUCUGAACAAGCGGUGUAGGUAUCUUUGGGCUUCCCUCCCCGUUUUUAACUUCGACGACUCAUCAUUCCAAAAUGCUAUAUUUUUUAAGGAUUUUGUAGAUGAUUUUUUGUCUUGCAGAGAUACUUCCACCAAUGUUUUCAAUGUUUAUUUAGAUUGUCACCAUGUUGUUGUUUAUAAUGAUGAUCAUGUGGUAGAUUCUAUCAUUGAGCAUGUUAUUGAUACACCAUCUAUCACCACUACCAUUGAGGUACUUACAAUUCUUGCUGAGUAUGUUGUGAGCAAACUUCCUAAACUCUCUGUAUGUUCAUCUCUCACUACUCUCAAACUUUGUCAAAUAUUCAGUCAGACCACGAAUUUCGAUUUUCCUUCUCUUAAACGCCUAUAUCUCUGUCAUUGUCAAUUUGAGUGUGAAUUUAUCCAACACCCUUUUGAUCCCUUUAAUGGUUGUGUCAAUUUGGAAUCUUUAAAUUUUGAUAGCUGUGUAUACUAUCUUGAAAUCAAGACCUUCAAAAUCUCUACCCCCACCUUGUAG